UUCGCUUGUUAUUAGUUGUGCAUUGCGUAUCGUGUGGAACGGUCUUCUCAAUUCAGUGUUGUUUAUAAAGUUCACAGAUUAUAUAUGCAAUAAAUAGAAAACAUAUUUGGUGAAUAAUUUGAAAUAUAUAUAUAAAUAAAAAAAGAAUUAUUACAAACCUACAUACAAACCGAUACAUAUCCGUUAGUAUAUUUAAAUAAAACAUUGCACAAAAAUGUCCGACGCAGCGAACGGUGAGUCGAAAUUCGGUUUCAAGGACAAGGAGAAGGCGGAGGAGACUUUGCAGUUGUUAGAAAGUCAUGAUAUGCAAUACAGGAAAUUGACAGUACGAGGAUUACUAGGACGCGCCAAACGUGUCCUUACCAUGACGAAGUCCGAGGAAAAGCUUAAAAAUAUCAAUUCAGCAAUCGGUGUUUUCGAGAAGUGGCUGGAAGAGAAUGGUGGUGGUGCUGCCAAUAAGAAUGCCAAAACCGAUAAAGAAGACAAAGUCGAAACAGUACCUGGCCUAGGAUUUAAGGACAAAGAAGCGGCGGAAGCCACCUUGAGGAUACUCGAAGGUCGUGAUCCAGAUUAUCAAAAAUUGGCAAUCAGAGGUUUAAUUGGCAGUUCAAAACGUGUACUCUCCGGUACCAAAAACGAAGAUAAAAUUAAAUCCAUACAAGAAGGUGUUAAGAUAUUAGAGGAUUUCUUGGAAAAGUUUGAGACAGAAAAUCUAAUUAAAAAUAACCGUGCCUAUCUCGCAUAUUCUAUUAUCGAACAACUACCUGAGGCGGAAGAUGAGUUGGCUGCAGAAUUUGUCAAGGCCUAUGGUGGAUUCAAAGCCAAAGGCAAUUAUAAACACUUACGCACCAUGUAUCCCGAAGCUGACGAUUCGACGUCAUGGGAUAUUAUACGUAAUCGAAAUAUUGCAAAAAUAAUGGAAAAACUUAAAGCUGAGGAGGCGAAAUUGUUCGAUGCCGAAAGUGGGGCACCAACGGAAAUUCAUUUGCAACUCAUACACUGGGCAUACAGUCCACAGCCAGAUAAGGUGAAGGCAUAUGUGGAGAAGAUCUCAAAGAAAAAGGCUGAAAAACGUAAAAUAGAGCAUAGUGAUAGCUCCAGCUCUGAGGGAGAUGAUAGCGAAGAUGAUGGGGAUGAUAAUGGUGAGACACCCGAAAAGAAGAAGAAGACAGAGUAGUAGUGUUAGUGAAAAAGUUUCAAAAUCAUGUAAAUGUAAAUGACUAAUUCUUUUGUACUUAUGCAAUUUUAUAAGCGUCAAAUAAGUAUGAAAGCACAAAUUGAAAAUUGUAAUAAAUCAGAAUCCAGAUACAUACACACCUCCGUAUGCUUACAUAUCUCAAAACUAUAUACAUAUGUAUAUACAUGCAUACGUACAAGUUUUUCAGUUAUUUAUAUGUGCAACAUCCUUCGAAUAUAAUAUUUGAGAUAAAUAAAAUCUGUCUAUCGUACUCGGGAACAUUCCCGCAAA